AUGGAUCAAGUCCAGAGAAAUGGUAUUGAGUCUCUGCCUCCAGCGAAAGAGCCCUCAUGGCUCGACCAGAUUACAAACGGUAACCAAUUCAUGUCGGCUGGGCUGGGUGUCAUGCUUGUUGGUGCUGCCAUCGCAGUUGCACGGCAGUCUGUGAAGCAGGCAGCUUCCUUUGCAAAGCAUCAGAUGUUGGUGACGAUGGAGAUUCCCAGUAAAGACAAGUCUUAUUUGUGGUUCCUACACUGGAUGUCAAAAUACAAGAAUCGUCGAUCACAUCACUUUGCUGUAGAGACGGUCUUUAAGCAACACGACAAUGGCUCUGCUUCCACUACCUUCUCCCUUGUGCCUGGCCCGGGAAAGCAUCUACUUCGAUACAAGGGCGCCUUCAUUCAGGUGAAUCGACAACGAGACGGCAAGAUGAUUGAUUUGUCGACUGGUUCGCCAUGGGAGACGGUUACUUUGACAACACUGUUUCGUGAUCGAGGCAUAUUUCGUGAGAUGCUGCAAGAAGCACAGCAGGAAGCUCUCAAGAUGCAAGAGGGUAAGACUGUCAUCUACACAUCACUCAUGACCGAGUGGCGACCUUUCGGCAAACCAAGACAACGGCGGUCACUCGAUUCAGUGGUGCUCGACUCCGGCAUCAAGGAAACCAUCACUGCAGAUGUCAAAGACUUUCUUGCCUCAGGGAAUUGGUACCGUGACCGUGGAAUCCCAUACAGGCGCGGCUACCUCCUUCAUGGCCCUCCUGGAUCGGGCAAGUCGUCCUUCAUUUAUGCGCUAGCAGGUGAACUCGAGUACAACAUUUGCUUGCUCAAUCUAUCUGAACGUGGACUGACCGAUGAUCGUCUCAACCACCUUCUCAGCAAUAUUCCUGAUCGAAGUAUUCUUUUGCUUGAAGACAUUGACGCCGCCUUUGUGGGUCGCGAUCAAACGGAAGAAAAGGGUUAUCGAGCCAAUGUCACCUUUUCCGGUCUACUCAAUGCACUCGACGGAGUCGCCUCUGCAGAAGAACGCAUCAUUUUCAUGACAACAAAUCAUGAAGAGAGACUCGAUCCGGCAUUAAUACGACCAGGCCGUGUUGAUAUGAAACAACUUCUAGGCGAUGCCUCUGAUCAUCAGAUUGUUGAGAUGUUUCUGCGAUUCUACGAGGGAGAGCAUGAAGCUGCUCAGCAGUUCCUCACCAACGUCCGCAAAAGCGGUGCGCCCGUCAGUACAGCGCAGUUGCAAGGCAUGUUUGUGUACAACAAGGGCCAAGCACAAAAGACUGUCGGUAUGGCACACUUGUUUGCAUCAUGA